CCGGCGGGAGCUGUCCGAACAGCGGCACUCGAGCUGCCUGAGGGCAAUGGGGCUGUCCGAUGGGUCCGGUGAGUUACAGGGCGCCGCCCGAGCUCCACGUGUCCACGAAACGUUGGCAGUCCCGUGACCCCCGGCCUAGGUCAGCUCUGAAAGGGAACCGCCGGACUCCCAGCAGGCACUUCCCGCCUGCACAGCCUCAGUUUACCGCCUGGCCGAUUUCCCGCAGGGAUGGGGGCGGGAUCCGGCGCGACCCUAGCUCUAGAGGCGAAAGUCCCCGGAGUGCUAAUAAGGGGGUCGCAGGGAGGUUGCUGCCCGCCAAGGAGCCCAGGCCCAGGAGGUGCGCCGGCUGGGCGCGUGGGGACCGAGGGACGGACCGCUGCGAGACAGGCUCUACCCAGGCCGUGGACCAGGGGCGGCCGGAGGCGGCGGGGUUGUGAGCUCUCUGCCGCUGAGGACCUGGUACCCUCCCCGAGGGCGGGGCCGAGGAUCAAGGCUCCGCCCCCGGGCGCGUGCUGCCUGGUAAAGGGAGGGAGCCCUUUAAGAAGACUUGAGUGAUCUAGGAGGGGAGAGGGGGCCCUGAGGUCUGGCCAGCCCGCGGUGCAGAGAACCUCUGAGGAUCUUCCUUGUACUUGCUCUGCUCCCUCCUCCAACUUGGACACCGGGUUAGAGGCUCUUCCCAGGUGAGUUCCUACUCUGGUGGGAUCCUGCCCCCCUGGUUAUAGCUGCUUCCAGAGCAGAACUGACAGAUGAAAACUUUGCCCAAAUGCGAGUUCAUCCUCCAGAUUUAGCCCACUCCCCGAAAUAUAUUUGCAGAGGAGAGCUGCGUUCCAUAUGGAGUCUCCCCAGGCUCAGUUUCUUCUGAGAGAGCUCCCCAGAUGAGAACCUUUCCCCUCCUCCAACCCCUUCUCCCACCACCUCUGAGAGAUUCACCCCCAGGUCAGAACUUGCCUGGCUGGUGAUGACUCUCUGGGCAGGUUCCCUCUAGGUUGGAUUGGCUUCUGAAAACUCCUGUUCCCAGGUGAAUUCUCCCUACUUCAAGUGGGAGCCUGUCUCUGGAGGUCCUUUCUCUGAACAUGCUCUCUGCCAGUGAGGCAGGGCUUGUGGUACAGCUAGCUGGAAAAAAGGACUGGACGGGAAUUGGUUCAGGGAAGGCAAGAGGCUGAGAGAGGUAGGGGCUAGGAGGUGCAGCUGGUCUGAACCUGGACCUGGACAUGGACAUGGACUUGGAGUGGUACUCAGGGCUGGGCAGCCACACCUGAGCUGCAUGUGUAAAUCGUGGUCAUCCCACUCUCCCUCCUGGAGAGACUUUGGCCCAGAAAGAGGCUUCUAACAGCCAAAGUUCAGGUACUGCUCUUGUCUGGGUGUGAGCACGGGGCCCUCAGAGACCAGCAGGGUUGGAUCUACCCUUGAUCUUUGAGCCUGGAAAACUCAGGUGUGCAACACUGGUUCCAGGUUGAAGUGUAGGAAAGGUUGGGACAGGGGGAUCCUCAUUGUAUGGCUGUGAUCUCACCUCUCCAGACCACGGGACACAACAGACACAGGCACUCCUGUCUGCAGCCCAGGAGAUGGAGCCGCAACGACGGGACUACCAUGUGGAAAGGCCAUUGCUGACCCAGGGGCAGCUAGAGGAUCUGGGGCACUGGGGCCCAGUGUCCAAGACCUACCAGUGGCGAGCCUGGUUUCGAUGCUCCCGUGCUCGAGCCCAUGAUCUUCUGCUCCAUUAUGUUCCAGUCUUGGGCUGGUUACCCCGAUAUCCUGUACGUGACUGGCUCCUGGGUGAUCUGUUAUCUGGCCUGAGUGUGGCCAUCAUGCAGCUUCCACAGGGCCUGGCCUACGCCCUCCUGGCGGGAUUACCUCCUAUGUUUGGCCUGUACAGUUCUUUCUACCCUGUCUUCGUCUAUUUCCUAUUUGGUACCUCUCGACACAUCUCUGUGGGGACCUUUGCUGUAAUGUCUGUGAUGGUGGGCGGUGUGACAGAAACCUUGACUGCAGAUGACGCCUUUGUGCAAGGCUUGAAUGCCACGGUUGACGAUGCCCGAGUGCAGGUGGCCUACACACUCAGUUUCCUGGUUGGCCUUUUCCAGGUGGGGCUGGGCCUGGUACACUUCGGCUUCGUGGUUACCUACCUGUCGGAGCCCUUGGUCCGCAGCUACACCACAGCCGCCUCUGUGCAAGUCCUUGUCUCCCAGCUCAAGUAUGUGUUUGGCAUCAAGCUAAACACUUACUCUGGGCCACUGUCCGUUAUCUAUACAGUGCUGGAGGUGUGCUCCAAGCUGCCGCAGACGGUGCCCGGCACCGUGGUCACGGCACUCGUGGCCGGAGUGGUGCUUGUGAUGGUGAAGCUGUUGAAUGAAAAGUUAAAGCGGCAUCUGCCCCUGCCCAUACCUGGGGAACUACUCACGCUCAUUGGGGCCACUGGUAUUUCCUUUGGUGCAAAUCUGAAUCAAAGGUUCCAGGUAGACGUGGUGGGCAACAUCACCACGGGGCUGAUACCCCCAGUGCCACCCAAGACAGAGUUGUUUACGACGCUUGUGGGAAAUGCCUUUGCCAUCGCUGUGGUGGGCUUCGCCAUUGCCAUCUCUCUCGGGAAGAUUUUUGCCCUGAGGCAUGGCUACCGCGUGGACAGUAACCAGGAGCUGGUGGCCCUUGGCCUCAGUAACCUCAUUGGCAGCUUCUUCCAGUGUUUCCCCGUGAGCUGCUCCAUGUCUCGGAGCCUGGUACAGGAAGGCACUGGGGGCAACACGCAGGUUGCCGGAGCCGUAUCUUCCCUGUUCAUCCUCCUCAUUAUCGUCAAACUUGGGGAACUCUUCCGAGACCUGCCCAAGGCCGUCCUGGCAGCCGUUAUUAUUGUGAAUCUAAAGGGCAUGUUGAAGCAGUUCUCUGACGUCUGCUCUCUUUGGAAGGCAAAUCGAGUGGACCUGCUAAUCUGGCUGGUGACCUUUGUGGCCACCAUCCUGCUGAACCUGGACAUUGGCCUGGCAGCUUCCAUAGUAUUCUCCCUGCUACUCGUGGUGAUCCGCAUGCAGCUGCCCCAUUACUCUGUCCUGGGACAGGUGCCGGAUACGGAUAUUUAUAGAGACGUGGAAGAAUACUCAGGGGCCAAGGAGAUCCCUGGCGUGAAGGUCUUCCGCUCCUCAGCCACCAUUUACUUUGCCAAUGCUGAGCUCUACAGUGACUCACUGAAACAGAAGUGUGGUGUGGACGUUGACCACCUCAUCUCCCAGAAAAAGAAACGGAUCAAGAAGCAGGAGAUGAAGAUGAAGCGGAUGAAGAAAGCCAAGAAGACCCAGAAACAGGCUACCUCUUCCAAUAUCUCCUCAGUUUCAUUCAACGUCAACACCAGCUCCGAAGACAUCAAAAGCAAUGAUGUGGAGGAGGGGCCAGCCAAGACCCGCAAAGAUGUGCAUCAAGAGGAGCAGCUGGAGGAUGUGGUCGCCAGCAAUCAAGAUGUCAAGGCCCCAACCAUGACCUCACUCAAGUCCCUGGGCCUGCCCCAGCCAGACUUCCACAGCCUCAUCCUAGACCUGAGCACCCUUUCCUUUGUGGACACCGUGUGCAUUAAGAGCCUGAAGAACAUUUUCCGUGACUUCCGGGAGAUCGAGGUGGAAGUAUACAUCGCAGCCUGUUACAGUCCCGUGGUCACCCAACUUGAGGCUGGACACUUCUUUGAUGACUCUAUCACUAAGCAGCAUCUUUUUGUCUCUGUCCAUGAUGCUGUGACCUUUGCCCUCCACAACCGGAAGCCUGGCUCUAAGAGCCCUGUUUUGGCCACCAAACUGUGACUUUGCUGCUGGAGAUUACCUACCUCUGGAGGCUGUGACAGGUCACCCUCAUGAAAUUCCUGCUCUCGGCCACCUCCAGGUGCCAUCCAGGACUCUGUUCCGUGUACAUGCACUUAUAACUCAUGGAUGGAUGCCUUGGGACUCCAAGUGUAAUGCUACAGGCCUGGGGCAGGGUAUUGCAGUCAGGCUGGCCCUGGCUGGGUGCUGGAAGGGAGCUGAUAUGAGUUUACAGCUUUGGGAAUAAAUGUGUCUGUCCAACUUCAGUCUCUGCUGUGGUGUGGCCAGGGUGUGGCUGGGCUGUCAUCCUCAGCUCAG